AUGAAAGCACCUUAGCAAAUCUGUGAGAAUCGACCAGGAGAGAAAGUUGAGAACCAAGACUACUUCAUACAACAAUACCAUAUUGAAUGUUUAUCCACAUUUUCUUAUUACAUUGAAUCCAAAGGAGAGGCUUGUGUUAUUGAUCCAUUGAGGGAUAUUGAAUAAUACGUGUAAUGAAUGCAUAACUAUAGGAAGUGAAUUAGCCAAAGAUAGAAAUGCUAAAAUUAGAUGGGUGCUUGAAACUCAUUUCCAUGCAGAUUUUGUAAGUGGUCACAGAGAAUUGGCAGCGAUCACUGGAGCAACCAUAGUCUACGGUCCUACCGCAAUGGCUAAUUUUCCUAUAAAAUAAGCGGAAGAUGGAGAAUUGUUACCACUAGGAUCUGUCUAAAUAAGAGUGGAUCACACUCCAGGACAUACUAUGGAAUCCAGUUGUUUUGUUCUAAUUAAUUAAGGAAAAGAUCAUUCUGUCUAUACUGGAGAUACCUUAUUUUUAGGUGAAGUGGGUAGACCUGAUUUGGCUGUGAAGGGCGAAGAACUAACUGUUGAGAUGUUGGCUUCAUAUCUUUAUGAUUCAUUGAGAAACAAGAUAAUGAAAUUAAAUGACGAUGUAAUUGUUUUUCCUGGUCAUGGGGCUGGCUCAUCAUGUGGUAAAGCUAUUGGAACAGGAAAGUCUUGCACUAUUGGAAUUCAAAAAUAGAAGAAUUAUGCUUUGCAACCAAUGUCUAAGGAAGAAUUCAUUAAAAAAUUACUUGAAGGCAUGCCCAAACCUCCCUAAUACUUUUUCCAUGAUGCAAAGCUUGUAAAUAUUUAUAUAAAUAUAGUGUAGAACAAAUGUGGGCCAAAUGAUCUCACAGUUUUAUUGAAUGAAGUUUUAAAACCUUUGGAAUUUGAACAGUUUAUGGCAUUUGUAAAAUCUGGAGCAACUAUACUUGAUACAAGACCUAAUGUUACAGAGGGAAUUAUAGAUGGAGCAAUCAACAUCUCAUUUAUGUCAGGAUUAGUCAAUUUUGCUGGAAAUAUAAUUAAGCCAGAAACUAGAUUAGUAAUUAUGGCCAAAUAAGGUGACGUAUAAGACACAAUCCUCAGAUUAUUAAGAAUUGGAUAUGAUAAUAUAUUAGGCUAUUUGUAAGGAGGAUUUGAAGUUUACAAAGCCAAUGGUGGACCGUUAGCAACUGUCAAAAUAGUCAGUCUAGUUGAAUUUUGUGAUGUCAAAGCUGAUCCAGGUAUUAUAAUUGUAUAAAAAUAUAGAAAACCAUGUAUUUUUAGAUGUCAGAGGACCAGGAGAACAUAAAGAAAUGGGAUUUGUAAAAGGAGCUAUUAGAGUUCUAUUACCAGAAGUGGAAACCAAUCUUGAUAAAAUCCCAAAAGAUAAGUUUGUUCAUGUUUAUUGUAAAACAGGAGGAAGGGCUAAAAUGGGAAUGAGUCUUCUUGUUAAGAAUGGUUAUAAGAAUGUUGUCAUUGCAUAAGAAGGCGGGUUCAUUUUGAUAAAAGAAAAAUAAUUGAUGGAAAUAGAAUAUAUUUGAUUUAAUAAUUUUAAGAGUAAAAGUGG